UUUCUGCACUGCAACAUCGCUGGGGGGCCCAGUACUUUUUUAUUAUAAAAACAGAGUCUGACUCAGCAAAGCCUGACCGUUAUGUCAAGCCGUUUUCGCGUUAAACGCCUAAAGUUUGAUCAAUCACUGGCCAUCCACCGCCAAUGUGAUCUACCUGAUCUCGAAGAUCAGCUCAAUGGUCAACGAUCAGCACCUCAGGUGGAAACUGGUGUCGAUAAAGAGGAAGAAGAGGAACAUCACUUGCAAGCUGCUAUAUCUGCGUCUCAUGCCGCUUAUACGACAGGAGGACAAGAUUCGCGUUUGUAUAUUCCUACGCCAGAUGCGUCCCAAACCAUUGAUUUAAAAGAAUUCCAUCGAUUGUAUAAAACUCCUUUCAACAACCCUUCGUCGUUCGUUCGAUUCUCCGCCACGGUUGAGGAUUCUGUAGGAUGUCUUUAUAUGAUGGACGAGGUUGAUGACGAGUGGUUGACUACUUUCAACAAAUCCCAUCCGAAGCUGGUCUUAUCUGAAGAUGCCUUCGAGUCCAUCAUGUGGCGAAUAGAGUCUGUCAGUCUUGAGAAGGUUCCUUACCUUGAAACUGAUAUAACCAAUAUCCCACCCUAUAGUGACUUCGAACCCGAAUUCAGCGUUAAACCCUAUACCACGUUCAAAGAGCAAGCAAAACAUGUUUACGAACAUUGGAAGAAGCGGCGUAUAAUACGCAAAGGCGCUCCUCUUAUUCCUUCUGUUAAAAUGGACGAAGCAUUGCGUGAUGAUAGUGAUCCAUAUGUCUGCUUUCGACGACGUGAGACCAAGCCAGUUCGCAAAACAAGAAGAACAGACCAACAGUCGAUGGAAAAGCUUCGAAAACUGCGUGCAGAAUUGGAAACGGCUCGAAGUCUGUUGGAAAUGGUGACGAGGAGAGAAAAACUUCGAAAGGAGAGCUUGCUUAUGGAACACAGUAUCUUCAAUCAACGGUGCAUGUUACGCGAAAUGCAGCAACAAUUGGAUAUCAAGGAUGAGCAAGACUUGUUUCCUAUCAAAAAGAAGCGGAAGACAGAGGCCUACUCAAGCACUAGGAUCAAAAUACCCAUUAACAAACUCAAGCGGGACGUUUACGAUGCUGAUAAAAAAUCGGCUGCUCAGGCCGCCAUUGAUGCAGAAGUGGCUCGUCGACGUGAGCGUAACCUUGGAUUUGAAGAUGUGACGGAUGUAUGUGUUAUGGCGUUAUUUGCAACUCUUUGUGACUUUGACUAACCAUCCAACCCAUUUCCUCAGUCCGGUUAUCAGCCAUUUUUGCCUUCUAUACCUUCUCAAUUCUUUCGCAACGUUGAUAAACCUAGUGAAUCAACUCCUCGACGU